CGCCGGUCGUCAAUUGUCGGGACGAUAAACCCCCUCCAUCUCGUAAUCGGACAUCUUGAAGAUCCCUCCGUUUCACCCCCUCUACCAGACUCCUCAGCUAGACUGAAGACGAAGACCCCCACGGACCCCCUUUUGACUCCACCUUAGCGAUACACAAAACAAUCAUAACAAUGCUCCCUCCUACCACUCUCACCGUCCUCCUCCUCUCCCUCUCCACCCUCGACUUUACCUCGGCUGCUCCUUCGCUCUCGAUCGGCCGACAUGCCCCGCCUUACCUAGCUGGCAAGUUGGGAGGCCACAAGCGUGCCAUCGAGGCCUGGUUCAAAAAGACGGGCAAGGGGAAAAAGACCUUGACCAAGGAUGCCGAAGAGGUAGAUUAUUACGGCGCUUCGCAUGGGCUGUUCCCCCCUCGUGCUGAGGAGUAUUACGGUGCUUCCCACGGUCUCCACCCCCCUCGAGCCAACUUUGACCCCUCGGCCGACCACAAACACCUCUCCCUCAACCUCAACGCCCGAGGUGCCCCUCAGGGUAUGCCCAAGGGAUGGGCUUACGAGGGAUGUGUCGAAGAGUCCAACGGACAGAGGCUGUUGCAAGGUUUCGCGUUCUCUUCCGGUCAGACCGAUCAGGAUAACUGUGCGAGCAUUUGCGGCGCGAUGGGUUUCCAAUAUGCGGGAACUCAGUAUGCGAACGAGUGUUGGUGUGGAAACGACUUUAUCGGAAGCGGAGGAUCCAAAAUGCCCGAGUCCGACUGUAACAUGCCCUGCGCUGGGGACAGCUCUCAGAUGUGCGGAGCUGGUUACAGGUUGUCGAUGUACCACUUCAACGGGACCGAUGAUGCUUCGACUACCGCCUCGGGAACUGCUACUGCCACCGCAACCGGGGUCUCGACCGCGAUCACUACGGGAGUGAAUGCUACCCAAACCGAGACGGCCAGCAUGACCAUUUCUGCCAACGGAACUGUUAUCCAGACCGGGACAGCUACUUUGACCUCGGCGAACGGGACGGCUUUCGAGACUGGCACCGCUACCAUGACCUCGGCCAACGGGACUGCCAUUCAGACCGGGACCGCUACCGGUACUGGUACCAUGACGUUCAACAACGGAACUGCCAUCCAGACAGGCACGGCCACUGCUACCGGUACUCUUGCACCCAACGCCACCCAGACCGCCACUCCCGGUGAGAAAGAAUGGUUCUCCAUCGGAUGCGCCAUCGACGUCUACACCGAUGUUAAGGACAGGAUCUUGAAGGGAGAGUACUUCUGGUACCAGACCGACCUGACCAUCGACAAGUGUAUCGACAUGUGCGAGAACGGCGGGUACACCUACGCCGGAGUCGAAUGGGGUCAAGAAUGUUACUGUGGCAACAAGCUCGAUUCCAACGUAACGUUCGUCGACGACUCGGAGUGCGCCAUGCCCUGUAUGGGAGAUGCGACCGAGAUGUGCGGAGAUGACUUCAGGAUGGGCAUCUUCCAGCUGACCACGGCCGAAGAAUGCGAGGGUGAGGGCGCGACUUCCACCUCGUCCAUCGCCUUGUUGCCUACCGGUAACCAUUUGGUCACCGGAACCGCUGCUGCGUCUACGAAAGCCAUCAGCACCAUGAGCUCCAGGCCGGCUUCUGCUACUUCCACCUUUGCCGUUCCUACUUUGACCCAGGCUUCCAUCUCUGCUACUGUUACUGUCUCCGCUUCGUCCGUCCGACCUUCGUCGAUGGCUACUUCGGUCAGGCCGGCUUCCACGACCGCCAAAGCUAGCUCUUCGGUCAACCUUGACGGACCUACCCCUACCGGAUUGGUAGAGCGAGUCAGCUCCAACAUUCCCGGUUCUGACAAGGUUCACGAGAUCUACGCCCACCACAUGGUCGGAAACACUUACCCUUACGGCAAAGCCGACUGGGCCAAGGACAUCGCCGCCGCCAAAGCCGCUGGAAUCGAUGGGUUCGCGCUCAACAUGGGAUCCGACUGGUGGCAAACCGCUCGAGUCGCCGACGCUUACGCUGCCGCUGUCGAGGCCGGUGACUUCACCAUGUUCCUCUCGCUCGACAUGACCGCCAUGUCCUGUGGCAGUGUCGUUGACGCUGCUACCCUGGUCGCGCUCGUCAGCUCAUUUGCGAAGAGCCCGGCGCAGACUUUGCACAACGGCAAGGUCUUGGUCUCGACCUUUUCCGGUGAAAACUGCGCGUUCGGCCGAUCGUCCGCCGCCGAUGGAUGGAACACCAUGUUCAAGAAGCCCCUCAAGCUCGUCGGUACCGACAUCUUCUUUGUUCCCAGCAUCUUCUCGGACCCUUCGACCUUUGCGUCGGCCGAGUGGAUGGACGGAGAGCUCAACUGGAACUCGGGUUGGCCCAUGAGCAACACCCCUCUGGACACCUCGAGCGACGAGCAGUAUAUGACCGCGCUCGGUGACAAGGAGUACAUGCCGGCCAUCUCCCCUUACUUCUUCACCCACUUCCCGACCUGGGGAUGGAACAAGAACUGGAUCUACCGAUCGGACGACUUCCUCUACGCCAACCGAUGGGAACAGGUCAUCGCCAUGCGUGACAGGGUCAAGUUCACCGAGAUCUUGACCUGGAACGAUUACGGCGAGUCCUCCUACAUCGCUCCGACCGCCGGUGCCCUCCCUGCCGGGUCCAACAUGUGGGUCGACGGGUUCCCUCACGACGCCUUGAUGGACGUGACCAAGUACUACGCUACCGCCUUCAAGACCGGUGCCUACCCCGCCAUUACUGAGGACAGGGUCAUCUGGUGGGCUCGACCUCACCCCAAGGCCGCUCACGCCAACGACGACUACAUGAGCAGGCCCGACCGAUGGAACGAUACCGAUGACGUCGUCUACGCUUUGGUCUUUGCCACUGCCGACGGGGUCGCCACCUUGACUUCGGGUACAAACAGCGAGCGAUACGCCGUCAAGGCCGGUCUGAACAAGAUCAAGCUCGCCAUGUCUCCUGGAUCGGUCACCAUCAAGGUCAGCAGGAACGGCGCCGACGUCGUGUCAUACGACAGUACCGGGUCGUUCAGCUACACCAACGAGCCCAGCACGUACAACUUCAACUACUUUGUAGGCUCCAGCUAGCUCUAGUUGGAAGGUGC